UAUUUCGAAUACUUAGGAGCUACAUUACAAAACAUUAAUCCAAUUUUGAAGAAGUCUCUCGACGAUGCUUUCAGCCAUAGAUUUACAUGGUCAGGCAACAAUGGCAAAAUAUCCAUGCGAAAUACCGUAUUAGUCGAUGCAAUAUACAGUGCAAUAGCAAAGACAGCAACAUCCAAUAGUGAGGCAGUACCAAAAUACGAUGAGUUUAAGCAUGCAGUUACCGAUGCUUUACGGACUGCCAAACAAAGACAUCGCAACCGCCUAAACAGAUUUGAAAGGAAUGAUAGAAGGCAGGAGCCUAAUAUGGCAUUCCGGAGAUAUCGCCGACGAUACGAAAAUGAUGACCGUCAGGAAAACGAACAAGAAUCUGAUCAAGAUCCUGAACAAGAACAAUCUGACCGGGACAUUGAAGAGGAACAAUUUCACCAGGACUCUGAACAGGAACAAUCCGACAUCGUGGAUAAGGAACAACUCAGCAACGAGGAUUGGGACAAAAAUGAUGACCAGGGGCAGGAUGACGAAGAGCACUUCGACAACAACAAGGACAAGAAUAUUUUUUAAAUAAGAAACAAUAUAAUAAUAUAAUAUAAAUGUAAAAUAAUAUAAUA